AUGUCAAGCGGCCUACCUUAUCUGAACAAGCUGCGCAAGCCGGAGUUGGUCGAAUUCGCAGAGAAAACCGACCUCCAGGAUUUCUCUGACCUGAAUAAGACUGAACUUGCUGUCGCGCUGGACAAGCACUUGAGCAGCAACCGCACAAUCUUUGCAGGUGAACAAACCCUAGCCGAUUAUUACAAGCGCCUGUCUGCGCCACCCCGAGGAGGCUCGCCCGUGAAGCGCGAGCCCAAAGUCGAGGUUCCUCCCUCUGCGAAGAAGACGCCGGGUCGCAAGCCCGCUGCGCAAAGACAGGAAGAGGCGACUUCGUCCGAGGAACCGCCAUCUCGCACGGCUACCAAAUCGCCCAAGUCACCCAAAUCGCCCGUAUCCCCGACCGAGGUGGUGCGCCGGUCGACAAAUCGCGUGCGCGCGGCCUUUGAUGUUCCUCCAUCUCCCGCCGUCGUGACGGACGUCAUCGACCGACAGACCACGCGAGUCCGUGAGGGUAUCGAACAAGCCUGGACUUCUUCGGGAGUUACGGAGCGCACGCACUCACUGCGCGCGAAUCUGAGUAGUCUUUUUGCGAUUGAGGCGCUUGUUGUGCUUGUUGAGGCGUACACCGUGGUGUCCGAUCAGCUACCCAAUCGCUUCUUGACCACAAUUGAUGCCAACCCGACUUUGCACACUCCCGCAAUCCCCGUCAAGGUCCCCGAUCUGUUUCGUCUAUUGACUCCCGGCUUCUGGGGACCCUUCACACUGUGGCUUCUCACCAACCUGAUUGUCCCGUUGGUGGCGGCUUAUUUCUUCAAUUUGAGCUGGUACGCUGCGACUGGUGGAGGUGCGCGUCGCGGCCGCUCGUCAUCGUCCAUCAGCACUUUUGAUCCCAUCACAUUCAACAUCGCCAAGUCGUUGAUGGUGUGGAAGGUGUACGUGCAGGGCUUUUCUUACUGGGGCAUGUACAGCAAGAUCGCCCUGGAGAAGGUCAAUGCCGCCAUCCCCGGUAACUACUACGGGAUGUGGACCGGUGCCGCAAUCGGUGUGAUCGGCGCUCUUUACGAGGCCAUUCUCCGCCGGCCCUGA